GACGCGUUUUUGUGCGGAUAGAUCAUCUGUUCAUAGUCGAAACUAUCCUUACGUUCGCUGUUUUUACAUAAAGGAUCAAGUUCACACGCCCCUACACACGAUGAUUAUCCCGGUGCGCUGUUUCACUUGUGGCAAGGUGAUAGGAAACAAAUGGGAAGCUUAUUUAGGUUUGCUUCAGGCGGAGUACACCGAAGGUGACGCGUUGGACGCACUUGGACUUAAAAGGUACUGCUGCAGGCGGAUGCUGCUUGGACACGUGGAUCUGAUUGAGAAGUUACUAAACUACGCACCCCUUGAGAAAUAAAAAGACUAACUCGAUGCCUAGUGUAAGAACUUUUAUUAGCAGUUCAAUACUUC